AUGCCUGAGUUACACGUGUCACCUUUACACCAGCGGAUAGUCUUGAUCCCGCCGGUGAGGCAGGAUUUCCCCCGGAGUAUUCUGACGUGGGAUCUUGUUAGUGUAAAGGGUCGAGGUAGAAUUCAUCUUAAACCAUGCAGGUGCUUCAGGUCAGAGGAGGAGGGAGUGGAGAAAAGAAAUCCCAGUUUGAGGAAAAAUGAGAAAUUGAAGAGGAGACUUGAUAAUGAGUUAUUUGGUGCUAUUAGGUCUAUUGUGUGGAAAUUUUCAAAGCCCAGUUCACGAUCCAAAGCUUUGGAGCAGCUGGAGAGGAAGUUAUCCGUGGCCGCUAUACAAUUUGCACGAUAUAUUGUGACAAUGAUGAGCACGGGCGCUAUACUGUUAAUAGGAUUUCAGUUGUCAGGUGGAGAUAGCCAGAUGAACGAAUUGGUAUGGUAUAGUUGGCUAGGAGGUAUAAUCAUCGGAACUAUGAUCGGCUCCAAUAUGGUGUUGGAGGAAGUUAGUCGAGCUGGUCCUCGCAAUGUUGUUGUAACCGGAAGUACAAGAGGAUUGGGGAAAGCUCUUGCACGUGAAUUCUUGCUUUCUGGGGAUCGCGUUGUUAUUGCUUCACGCAGCGCUGAAUCCGUAGACAGAACUGUCAAAGAGCUUGAGGAGAACCUGCAGCAGCUCCUGGUUAACUCAGGUGUCUCAUCAAGUAAGAAAAUUGCUCAAGCAAAGGUGAUUGGUAUUGCUUGUGAUGUCUCUGUACCUGCUGAUGUGCAUAAAUUGGCAGACUAUGCUAUAAACGAACUUGGUUCUAUUGACAUCUGGGUCAAUAAUGCUGGGAUAAACAAAGGUUUCAGACCCUUGCUGCAAUUUACGGAUGAAGAAAUUCAACAGAUCGUUUCAACAAACCUGGUUGGAUCCAUACUCUGCACACGUGAAGCCAUGCGUAUAAUGCGAAACCAAAAACAAGGAGGACACAUUUUCAACAUGGAUGGUGCAGGUUCUGGAGGAUCUAGCACUCCCCUGACCGCUGUAUAUGGGUCAACAAAAUGUGGACUUAGGCAGCUUCAAUCAUCUCUUCUGAAAGAGAGCAGAAAAAUAAAUGUCGGUGUGCAUACAGCUUCUCCUGGCAUGGUUCUAACAGAUCUGUUGUUGAGUGGCUCAAGCACAAAAAACAAGCAGAUGUUUAACUUAAUAUGUGAACUUCCGGAAACAGUUGCUAGAACCUUGGUUCCUAGGAUGCGAGUUGUGAAGGGAAGUGGAAAGGCCAUAAAUUAUCUGACUCCUCCGAGGAUAUUACUAGCUUUGGUUACUGCAUGGCUUAGAAGAGGUCGUUGGUUUGAUGAGCAGGGAAGAGCAUUAUAUGCUGCAGAGGCAGAUAGGCUCCGGAACUGGGCAGAGAAUCGCACUCGUUUCUCUUUCACAGAUGCCAUGGAGAUGUACACAGAAAACACCUGGGUUUCAGUCUUCUCUCUCUCUGUCGUGUGUGCUUUCAUCAUCCUUUCGAGCACGGUGAGCACGUUUCCAGGCACCUGA